AUGUUUGAGUCUGAAGGAAAAGGAGAAUUAAAUAAUCUUCGUAAUGCGCUAGAUGGAAAUGACCCUAGUGAAAGGAAGAGAGCAGCCAAGCGAACAGUCUUUUUAAUGAGAAGCGGUGAAAAUGUUCGCUCAUUGUUUGCAUCAAUGCUUCGCUGCGUCAAAACAUCAGAUUUAGAACUUAAGAAGUUAGCAUAUCUCUAUCUUGUUCAAUAUUCUAUUCAAGAACCAGAGCAAGCCAUCAUGGCAGUUAAUACUUUUAUCCAAGACUCACAAGACUACAACCCAAUUGUCAGAGCACUUGCUGUUCGUACCAUGUGCAGAAUUAAACUCGAAAGUGUCGCUGAGCAUAUGAUUCAGCCACUUAAACGCGCUUUACAAGAUUCUGAUCCAUAUGUUCGUAAAACAGCGACAUAUAGUGUUGCAAAACUCUACGAAAUUAUUCCAGAGGCCGUUGAAAACGCCAACCUCUUCAAAGAUCUCCUUCUUCUUUUGAAGGACGAAAAUCCAAUGGUUGUCUCAAAUACAACAGCCACAAUCUUCGAAAUCAAUGAAAGAAGAACUACCCCGAUAUUCAAGCUCAACUCAGAUACCCUUGCUCCUAUUCUUUCAGCUCUUUCCUCUUGCAGCCAAGAAUGUAUGACAAUUCUCUUCGACGCACUUGCUCGCUACACUCCGGAGUCAAAGGAGGAUGCCACAUUCCUCAUUGACCGUCUCAUUCCGUUCUUGAAGCACUCAAAUCCAGCAGUUGUAAUUGGUUCCUUCAGAUGCAUCUUCAUGUUCUUAGAAAUAGAUGCAAGAGACACAAAGGAACUUUUCCCGCAGAUUAUUCCUCCAUUUAUUACCCUUGUUACAUCUGCAGAACCACAAAUUCAAUAUGUUGUUCUUAGAACUCUUUCUUUAUUCGUCCAGAAAUACCCGAAGGCACUAUCAAAAGAAAUACGCGUUUUCUUCUGCAAAUACAACGAUCCUUCCUACAUAAAAAUGGAAAAAUUAGAUAUCAUCAUUACGAUUUGCAAUACAAGGUCAGCUAAGCUUAUACUUGAUGAGCUUCAGGAGUACUGCAAUUCCGUCGAUGUAGCUUUCGUUCGUAAGUCAAUUAGAGCUGUCGGCCAAAUUGCCAUCAAAAUUGAAAGCGCUGCACGCCGCUGCGUCGAUAUCCUGACCUCACUUGUACAAGGCAAGGCUGAUUACGCUAUAGAAGAAGCCGUUUGCGUUACAUGCGACCUUCUCCGCAAAUUCCCAGGCGAAUUCGAAGGCAUUAUCUCUAACGUCUGCUCCAACCUUGAGAUGAUCAAGGAGCCAAGAGCAAAAGCCUCAGCAAUCUGGAUUUUGGGAGAAUAUUGCCAACAUAUCGAUAAUGUCGACGAAAUCCUCGAUACUUACUUAGAAACAUUCCACGAUGAACAGCAAAUUGUUCAGUUACAACUCCUUACCGCUCUCGUUAAGGCAUAUCUUGAAAGACCAGAACAAACAAAAGAUCAGCUUCAAUUUAUCUUAAACGAGGCCACGAAGGAAGGCAACUUCCCAGAUGUAAAGAACAGAGCCGUUGUUUACUGGCGAAUUCUCUCAAACGACCCAAGUAUCGCGAAGAAAAUCAUUAUUUUCCCGAAGUCUACAGUUGUUCACUCCGGCAUCAACUUUGAGCCACACAUCCUUGCAGAGCUCAUCAAGAACAUGGGAACUGUCUCCGGAGUCCUUCACGUUGUUCCAUCUGAUUUUGUCAGGCGAGUUAGAUACGUUCCAGAGAACGAUGAGGAUGUAGAUGGCGAGGAUAUUCAUGACUGGCAUCAAGUAAGACUCAACGAUUCAUCUAUUAUCGAUUUAUUCGCAGAUUACGAUUCGAAUAACAUUUACUUACGAAUUGUGAACAAGUCCGGCCAACCACUGUCACAAUUUGCCUUUGCCCUCAAUGUCAAUGCUCUCGGCAUCUCCGCUAAGGGUCCAGGUGACUUCCCACAGCAGUUAAAUACAAUGGACGUUUGUGAAGUGACCAUUCCAAUACAAAGUGACCUUAAAACAGCUGUUUUGGACAAGACAGAGCUCAUGAUGGCCAUCAAGACCAGCGCCGGAGCAGUUUACGCAGCUGACAGACUCCCAAUUGAGUAUUUCUUGUCUAAGGAAGGAGAUAAAGGACAGGACGCGUUCAGACAAGGAUUUACUUCGUUCACAAAUGAAUUCACAUGCGAAGUUGAGAGUGCUACACUCGCAACUAAGGAGCAGCUUGCGAAGAGGAACGUCUUCUACGUCGGAAAGAACGCGGAACAGGCGAAGACAUUUGUUCAGUUCGCUCUUGGAGAAGGACAAGUUUUCUUUGUGUGCGAAAUCACUACACACGGUGAUAACUUCUCUGUUACAUUCAAGACAAACGGUGCUCCUUAUCUUCCUGUUGUUGCUGCUUCUGCUUCAGCAAUCUUGGCUCAGAAAUGA